UUCCAAUCUUGAAACGACGCAAGAAAACGAGAAAGGGAUCCCCACAGUUGGCAUACGAUGGAUGGCGGUCAAGGAGACAGCAUCGUGCUGGAAGAGGAGAUCGACCCCAACUAUGAGCCCACGGAAGACGAAGUCAUCGAGUACGCCAAGUGGUUGGGCAUGGACCUGGAUGCCGAGCGCGAGUUGUUUUGGAUCGCACGCGAAGGUCUGAAAGCGCCUUUACCGGAGAACUGGAAGCCGUGCAAGACGACGGACACGGGAGAGAUCUACUACUUUAACUUUGCGUCGGGGGCGAGCACGUGGGACCAUCCUUGCGACGAGUAUUACCGUAAACUGUACGACGACCACAAGAAGAAAACAAUCCAAGGCAAGAAAUUCCAAGACACGGACGACAAGAAGAAAAAGGAAAAGGACGACAUUGCUGAAAUCCUGGGGAAAAAGCCCAAGAAAGCCCCGAAAAAGGCCCCCAAGGUCGAAACGUUGGGCACGGUCAAGUCGGGCAUGGACAAGAAACCUCUUGGUGCGAUUGGGAAGUUGCCGCUGCCGGGUGGCGGCUUGGGGGCCUUGAAACCGGUGGGGGGAGGCGCGUUGGGGAGACCAAGCGCGAUGAGAGCGCAGGAAGGCAAGAGCGAUAACGAUGACAAUGACGACGAAGAAGAAGGCAAGGCGGAACCGCCACCGAUCAAAGCGUUGCCGUCACGGAAGCCUCUGGGAAAGAAAGAUGUCAAGGUCGACGACGACAAUGCGAUCGUUGCGGCCAAGGUGCAAGAAUUGGAGGCCAAGUUGCAAUUGUUGGAGGACGAGCACAACAGCCAGGUUGCGUCGCUUCAAGCCAAAGUGUCUGCCAAGGAGAGUCAACUCAAGCAACAGCAGACCGAACUCGACGACGAGGCUGCGGCGAUAGAGAAGAAGCUGCAAAAACUACAAAAAGACCAUGCGGACGAAGUGGAAAACGUCAAGGAACUGGACAAGAAGUUAUCGAAGCGGCGAAAAGACCUGGAAGCCGAGCACCGCGAAGCCUUGGACAACGCCGACUCCAAGUUUAUGGAGAAGAAACGAGAGUUGACGCGAAAACAAGACAAAGAACUGAAGGACAUGGACGAGAAGCACAAGGAAGCAUUGGAAGGGAUGGACGCGGCGCAUGAAAAGGCGUUGCAGCGACAGGAAGCGCAGCGGCAAAAGGAGGAAAUGCAGGCCGAGCAUCGAGAAAAGGAGGAGUCGAAUCGCGUGGACAAGCUCAACACGGAGCUCGACACGCUCAAGGCGGAGGUGGCGCAAUACAAACGACAAGUGAAUGUACUUGAAGGUAAACUCCAAGACGCAACAGCAUCCAACCAUCCACCCGAGCUAGUCUCGGAUUUGGAAACGUCUAUUGACGAGCUCAAAGCCCAAGUGGAAGCGUUGACGGCGCAGCUCAAGCAAAAGGACAAGGCGGAGGCGGCGUUGGAGGACAAAUUAAAGCGACAAGCGGAGGCGUUCGAAGAAUCGCGAGUUCGGGAGUCCACUGCUGUUGCUGCAUCGUCGCCAAACAAGGAACUCGAGGGGUUGGAAGAGCAGGUCAAGGCCAUGACAAAGCAGCUGGCUGAAGCCCACCUAAAUGUUGCCAACGCAGAGGCCCAGACUAAAGUUUGGCAAGGAAAACACGCCAAGAUGACGGAACACUUGACUGCAUGGGAGUCCAAACACAACGACCUGCUUACCAAAGUCCACGGAGCGGAAGCUGCGCAUGCUUCCACCAUCGCUGGAUGGGAACAAAAGGUCCACGACUUGACUUCCGCAACCACACACAACCCCAAAGAAAGUGCUGACGUCAACGAAUGGCGCGAGAAAUUCCAAGCGCUCGUGAUCAAGCAUGAAGCGGCGGACGCUGAAUGCGCCGCGGCCAAGUCUACAUGUACAGACUUGAAGCAACAAGUCGCAAAGUUAGAACAGCUCCAACGAGACGCCACGCUGAAGUACGAGGCCGCGUGCGCCGAAAAAAACCAAGUGAUCGAUGGGGCUUCCUUGGCAGACUCGAAGCUUGCAGAGUUGGAACGGACAAUUGAAUCGCUGACAGCAUCGAAACGGACCUUGGUGGAGCAACUCGAAGAUGCCAAAGCAGCACACCAAACUGCGCAAGAACGAACUGCACAAGAGCUGCGGGAAGCCAAAGCCGACGGCCAGUCGUGGCAGCGUCAGUACGAUAAACUGAUGGACACGACCAACCAGGACCAGGCGGUCAAGGACCAGCUCCAGCAAUGGCAAGCUAAAUACGACGAGUUGCAGCAGACGCACGAGGAUGCGGUCGUGUCGUCGCGAGCGCAAAUAGACGCUCUGGAGUGCAAAAUCAAGGGACUGGAGCGGGAUAACGUUGCGGUGGUCGAUAGCUGGAAGGAGAAGAUGGCGGACGCGGAAAUCGACUGGCAGCGACAACUGACGUCGGCCAAGUCGACGAUCGGCGACCUUCAGGCGAAAUGGACGUCGAUGCAAAGCCAAGAGUCGUCCACGUCUGGGUUGGUCGCGUCACUUCAAGAACAGCUCGACCAAGCCUACCGUCGAGCACAAGAAAGUCAGGAUGCAAUGGACGAACACGAACGAUGUCACAAGCGAACGCUGGAGACACAGCAGUCUCAGUGGAAGCAGCAGCUGGACGACGUGCAAGCAACCCACGCGUUGGUGUUACAGGGGUUGAAAAGUGAAGCCAUGGCCGCGGAGGCCGCCAAGCGCAAGGCGGACGACCAACGAGCGACGUUGGAGCGCAAACUCAAGCUAAAGGAAAACGAAGUGGCGAGCGUGGCGGCGCAAAUGCAGGCCCAGCAUACGUCUACGCACGAAUCGACGACGUCGAUGUGGGAAUGGGAAAAGGAAAAGCUCACCAGUCAGUUGAAGCUUGUCGAGGGCGAAAGGACCGAAGCCGAAUCGCGGCUAGACGCAUUACGAAUGGAACACGACGCGUUGCUCGACACCCACCAUCGAGUGGUCCUUGACAAGGAUGUGGCCGAGAAAAAGGUCAAGCAAGUCGAAGUCGACAAAGAGCAACUUGCUCAGAAACUCAAGGGGGUCGAAAAGGAGGUCGACAUCGUGCAAGCCAAGUGGCGGGCGCUCACGACCGAAACCACAGACUUGAAAUCGGCACUUAGUAAAGUCAAACUCGGACUGCAAACUGCCGAAGUUCAGUACGAAAAGGCCACGGACGAGUGCGCCGGGCUGGAGACAUUGCUCAAGCAAGUUCGAGACACGAGCGACAAGCACCAGGCCGACGCCCGCGCGCUGCAGCUCCAGUUGGACGACGCGUUGUUUCAAAAGCAACGGGUAGAGCAUGACCAGCUGGCACUGCACAACGAAGUGGACCGUCUAAAAGAGCAAAUUGCCCUUCGAUCGUCCAGUUCGUCGUUGACCAGCAGUGCCGAAAAGCAAGAUAGUUUGCGCCAACAAGUGGAGCAACUGACGGCGGACGCGCGGGCUGCCAACGACAAAGUGCGGCAGCUGCAAGGCAAGGCCCAGGAAUUUGAAACCAAGUUUAAGCAGGGUCAGGAAAUGCACGAUCGGCACGUGUCCAUGUGGCAAGCGGAGAAGCAGAGUCUGGUCGACAAACUAGACAAGGUGAAAGGCCAGCAGCAACAGCUGGACCGGCAACUUCGAACGACGACCCAUGACAAGGACGACGUUGAGGCAACGCGCGAUCGGGUGCAAGUCGAGCUCGCUGAUCUGGAAAAGCGGUGGAAGCUCCAAGGCGAAGCGUUGGCCGCGGCCCAGACCAAACUCACGGAAAACGUCCAUCACAUCGACGAUCUGGAGGGCCAGAAGCGAGCCAUGACGUACGAACUGCAAGCUGCCACCGGGAAAUUGAAGCGCCUCGAGCUGGACUGCGACCGCACCAAGGCGGAAUUAGCCACGCGGAGCCAAGAAAAGGACGCGAUCGAGACGAAAUGGCGGCUAGACGUGGUGCAGUUCGAAGCGAAACUCAAGAGCGUGCGGCAAGACCAAUCCGACCUCGUCAACAAACGACUGGUGGACGAAGAAAGCAAACGCGAGGAAGCGACGCUUCAAUGGAAACGCGAUGCCGACGACAAGAAAAAGGAGUGGAACGCUCGCCUGAGUCAGUUGGAAAUGGACAAGGCGACAGCCCAAACGCAGUUGGUUCAAACUACGACCGAGUUGGCGGUGUUGCAAAAGGACAAGGAGCAUUGGACCACGCUCAAGCAAAAGCUGGAGGCGCAAGUGAAAUCAAUAACGGAAUCAGCAGACAAAGAUCGCCAGGACUGGCACGACCAACUGGACCAGGCCAAAACGAAAUUGAAAUCGGCGCUCGCCGAAAAGGACGCGCUGAUGCUGUCCGUGGCUUCCUCGAGCACUCGCAGCAACAACAACAAUCUGUCGAUGCAGCAGCAGCAGGACCUUCCACCGACGGCAUACGACAACGGACCCACGCACCUCAAGCUUCAAAUGGCCCAAGUCAACAAGACGGAGCUGGAAACCCACUUGCACGACGUGACCAUGCAGUGCGAGACGUGGCGACGCAAGGCGGCGCUGUUGGACUCGCGAAGCCGCGACUUGGCUUUGGAAAUCGAAGCGUUGCAUGUCGAAAAUGCCGCGCUGCGGGCGUCCAGCCAACGCAUGCACACGAGCGCAUUGGAGAGUCUCACCACUGUGGAGCGCUUGAAUUACGAGCACAAGAAGCGCAUGGUGCGGGGUGAGUACAUGGCGCAGCUGCGCGAGUUCACCGAGCGCGAGGAGCUGGCGUUCGCGCGACAAAAAGCGCGGGUGCGGGCGAGUUGUGAGCGGCAGUUGGACGAGCUAGUCGGAGACUUUGACAAGCAAAAGAACCAGCGCAUGAACCAAGAAGAGCGCGAUUUUCAGUCGGCCCUGCACCACUGCCAAUCGGAAAACCAAAUCAAACUGUCCCAAGUUCUCAAGGAGCAUCGGGACAAAGUGGCCGAGUUGGAGCACGAUCUCCAAGUAAAACAGACGCAGCAUCUGCACCAUUUGUCGAAACAAAUGCAAGAGGAGGAGCAACAUUUGUCAGCAAGGUUGCGAGACACAAAGCAGCUCAAUCGCGAAGAAGACCUGGCGCAGAUUCCGAGUUUGCAACCCGGGGGCUUUGACGUGGCGUGGAAAGAGAAGCCUCAAGCGCCGACGGGUGUGGCCGCCGUCACGCCCCUGCGAUCUCCUCCACGUCACAGAAAAGUGAGUAAAUACUCCAAACCACGGCAACAAACAUGGCGCCGUCGCAUCCAGCAAGAGCACGACCUCCUCGCCAAAGCCAAGCAGUUUCUGGCCAAGCAGAAAAAGAGUCUCAAGCACCGAAUGGCCAAGCUGCAAGAUGAAAAGGACUGGUGGCAGCGCCAACCAAAUCACCACACCAAGGCUCGUCACGAGAUGAAGCAACUCUUAGAACAGCACGCACAACAAUUGGCGCAUGACGCCAAGGAGGUCAAGGCGACGGAAAAAUGGCUGGUCAAGCGAGAACAGAAGAUUCAAUCGCUGGAGCGCACUUGCAAUCAUGGCUUUGAAGUGGACGACGAGGAUGAAGAAGACGCGGACCCGUCCGAGACAUCCGUAGAAGGUCAUCUGGAGAGAUUGCAUGACGAGUUGGUGGCAGAUGGGUCGACCAUGUCGGCCAAACUGCAAUCGUUUGCACGCAACCAAGAUGCAUCAGCGUUGGCAUGGCCGUCGGAAUUGCCCGUGCAAUAUGAACCUUCAUCUUAUCCUCCACGGGUGUAUCCAACUCGAAGUAGCAUGGACAUGCCAUACGCGUACCACAUUAAUACACCAAGCCGUGAUUUGAACCGCUGGGCGUACCAGCCACAGUACACGACUCGACCUCCUGAACGGGACCACUCGUAUGAGCCAUUCAUGUCCAAUAGUACUGCGCCACGUACGCCCAUGUACGACACCAAGUUGAGCAACUGGGUCCACAAACGAGAACGAGCGAGCGCCGCAGCCAGCGCCCAUAGCAACUACCUCCACCAACUAUCGCAAGAGCUCAAAACGUACUCCAACAAGUAUCAAACCGCGCAUCAUUCCGAAGGCGAGGUCGAUGGGUUGCCAUAAUUUUGGCACGUCGAAGUGAAUUGCUCAAAGCAAGUAUACACAGAAUCGUCGGCACAAGGCAUCCACGUUGCUUGGAUAGACUAGCAGGAGUAACGUUAAGAAGUAAUGUACGCACUUGCUAUGCACA